UUUGGGCACUUAAGAAACUUGUGGUCCAUUUUGGAGUUUUGAACUUCAUGGCAAACCGUUGCAGUAGUUGGUGGCAACUUGUGGAAAAGUUUGUGAUGGAGCGUCAGGAAGCUCUUGCACCACGGCCUAUUAGAGGACUCGGGAGAGUUAUGCUAAAACUUGACAGUAAGCUGUGGCACUGGCUUAAUAAGAAGAUGCUCAUAUGGUUGGAGAAAAUGCUAGAUAAAAUAAUUAGCAUUUUCAUAAUAUUUUUGCUAGUCAUAGGAACCCUUCUGCUAGCCCUGCUGCUUACUGCAAAGGUACAUCAAGAGAGUGUUCACAUGAUUCAAGUCACUAGCAGCUUGAUCAAUGAGACGGUAGCCAGUCACCCAGAAUGGGCAAACUGGCUCCCGGAAGCCCAGGUUAUUCAGAAGGCCCUCAAUUCAGCUGCUAAUAAUGUAUAUCAAUAUGGCCGAGAAUGGAUUACACAUAAGCUCCAUAAGAUUUUAGGAGAAAAAGUGAACAACACUGCUGUGAUUGAAAAACAAGUGCUAGAGCUCUGGGACAGGCUUUAUCAUUCUUGGUUUGUGAAGGUGAGUAACUUAAUGCAUACGGUAACUAUCAUUUAUUGA